CGGAAGCGUUUAACAGUCCGACGAAGCGCCGCCGUUUUGCUCUGCGUGCUGGGCUCCUUAUUGGUCUUCCUCCAUCCCUCUUCCAGGACAGUCAUCCCAGCCCUUCCUUCUUGGUUGCCACUCUGCUCUUCCUAGAGGGAACUCCCAUAACCUCUCUGCUGGGAGCAUCCUUGCCAGAGGAGCAUCCUCAUUCCUACAGUCCUCUCGCUGUUCCUCAGCAUCCAGCUCUCCAGCAAAGACACAUCAUCUGGUUGUUGCAGUAUGACCUUCUACUAACCGUUUCGGAAGAAGCAAGACUUCACCAGCCGUUACCCAUGUGCAUACUUUUCUUCAAGUUUGAUCCUCGUCCAGUUUCAAAAAAUGCAUACAGGCUUAUCCUAGCAGCUAAUAGAGAUGAAUUUUACAACAGACCAUCAAAAUCAGCAGACUUUUGGGAUAGCAGCAAUGAGAUCCUUAGUGGUUUGGAUAUGGAGGAAGGAAGAGAAGGCGGGACGUGGCUUGGAAUCAGUAAGAAAGGCAAGAUGGCUGCCUUGACAAACUACUUGCAGCCGAAGAUUGAUACAAAUGCAAAGGGAAGAGGUGCACUUGUAAGAAACUUCUUGACUACGGAUCUGGACAGCUUCUCUUACUUGAAGAAAGUUUCGUCAGAAGGACACCUUUACAAUGGAUUUAAUUUAAUAGCAGCCGACUUGAGCACCACCAAGGGAGAUGUAAUUUGCUACUACGGAAACAAAGGAGAACCAGAACCUAUCUUCCUAAAUGCUGGAAUCUAUGGAUUGAGUAAUUCUCUGUUGGAUACACCAUGGAAGAAACUUGAGUAUGGAAAGCAGCUUUUCACAGAGGUGAUCAAGCAAAGUCAGGACCUUGCCAAAGAAGACCUGGUGCAGGAGCUCAUUAAAGUGCUGAAUAAUCAAGACCCUCAGCUACCAGAUCCCGCGUUGGAGGAUCAAGGAAAGGAGCAUGUGCAACAUGUACUGAACGAAUAUGCAGCUUUGUGUGUUCGUUGCCCGGGAUAUGGAACAAGGACUAACACAGUCAUUCUCAUUGAUGCAGAAGGACAUGUUACUUUCACAGAGCGCACCAUGCUCAAUGCAGAUAUCAACCAAUGGAAAACAAGCACCUAUCAAUUCAAACUGGAAACUUAACAACUUUCCAUUUGAAUGGAUCAUGAGAAAAGAAACAAGAGAACAAGCCAUUGAACUCCACUGAAGGCUUUGUACCAGCCUCCAGCACC